GCUCGGUGUCCCCUUUCAGCGGCGGCCGCGUGUCCUUGAAGCGGCGGCUGUGGCGGCUCCGCUCCCCGGGGGCUCCGGCGCUCCCGCACCCCUGGGACUCCCGAGCACAUGCAGCUUUUCCUCUGUGCUUUUCCUCUGCGCUUUUCCUCUGAUCCCAUGCCGGGUUUCCCCCUUUCCUAGASAUCGCUCUGUUCUGGGAACAACUGUGAGAAUUCAGCCCGGCAAGCGCAUUCCCUGUGACACAUGCACAAUUUAAACCAGUGAAUCGUCUGCCUUCCUCCACUGAUGCCCUCGGAACAUGUCUGAUUGGACAAGUCUGUGGUAUGUCUGGUUGCUCUUGCUGACGGUGUUCCUGCUCCUGUUCUGUGGGGUCUCAGUGAGCUGCAUCAAAUUCUGCUGCCGGAAGAAGAGGCUUCCAGUGGAGACCUUYCCUCGGCACCCCUGCGACCUGACAGUGAUUGGCAUUGACAGUGACAGCACUGCCCACAGCACAGUGACCUCAUACAGCUCAUGGCAGUACCCUCCAAGUGUCCAGAUUCCUUCGGUGUUUGUGGAUAUGGAUAAGAACACUGUGUCCCCUCCAGCUUACACCCUCUAUGCCAUGGACUUGCCACCCUCCUAUGAUGAAGCUGUUCAAAUGGGAAAGCAAACAGCACAGAUAAACCAGAAACUUAAUGACGACCCUGAACAGGGGACACCAGGUGGGCUGAAUCCCAKCCAGCACCCACCUGACACGAUCAACAGAGAUCCAGCAACACAAACAAAUUCUGAAUAUUCAGCAGAUGCCACGAAAGAGCAGCCACAGAUGUGACUCAGUUCAGGUGGGGAGUAAAGGAAGGGAAGGACUGUAAGAGUUAAAGAAGAUGUGAAGAGCUGGGGUUUAUAAGUAGGUUAUGAUGGAAAGAUGUUUCUUCUCAUACCCUUGUCAGAAGAAAUGUUUUCUGUGACUGCUGUAAUCCCCUGGUAAAGCUUCUUCAAGGAUAUGAAAUAAGGUAAAAGGGCAGCAGUUUAAAAAUGCCUGUAAAAGUGGGACGUGAAUGUUUGUUCAUCUUCUGAUAAAAAAAAAUUUGUUCCUUUUGUCCAGCAAUAAAAAAGGUCAGGAGAAUUUUGCCACCUUGGGAAUACACACUCAGAACAGUACAAACAGGAAGUUGUUGUUCUAGAACAGAAGUUUCCCAAGCUGGAGUUGAAGGGAGAAUCCCAACAAGUCACACUGARCAGCUUCUGUAGUUUCUCUCCUUUUGAGAACAUCAACUGUCCAGAAAACUGCUGAGGACAAAGUGCUGCACAAUGUUCCUCAAGGAGCAGGAAGAUGCCAAGSCAGGACAGGAGAGCGUGGAGGGAAAUGCUUUGUGUUGUUUCACARUUACACACAGGGAAUGAGACAGAUGAGAUGUGACACUUCUGUGGUGGUGGUGGUGGGGAUGAGACCCAAAGGGAUUGUUUUAGAGGUUUUGUAAAUUUUUCCGUUUCUAUUUUCGAGAUGMGUUGCCUUGUGGGUGGGUUGCUUUUGAUAUUUAUUUUUUUCCAGAUAAAAGAUGCAUUAAUUCCAAAGAGACACUUGCAUAUAUGGUUCGGUAUUACUGAUGUGUUUCAAAUAUCCAUCAAAUAUUUCAAAGAUGCCUYUAUAUUUUGUUAUCAAAACAGGUGUCAGCAUCUCUGGCAGCACAGGAAAGAAAAAUCACAGUUUCCUGGCAGCUUUUACCAGUUCAGAAACGGGAUGAGCUCAGGAAUGAGCAGAGUGACACAAAACAUGCUCGUGCUGAGCCAUCAGAAUAAGUUAGACACACAAAUACCACAGUACAGGCUGAGCAAAAGCCCAAAGAAAUUACUCUUAGGGAUGGUUCUUUGUGAAGUGCUCAUAGAAAGAUAACUGCUGAGCUUCAUUUUAAAACUGGGAGCUCGGAGCUGAUUACAGCAGUCGCAGCCCAGACAAAAUAUGAGCUUCAGAGGAGAGGCAGGUUUUUAAUGCCAGCUCUUUCCCUYGCCCCUCAUAUUCCAAAUGGUACGAAUUUUGUCCACUCCUGAGUGGUGAUUUUCUUUGAAUCCACUUGAGCAAGGUGCUAAUCUGGCUGCCUUUAGGAACAUGAGCAAUCUCCAGGGUGGCUCAUUGCUCUGGGAUAAAGGCAGCAACCAAAGCCUGAGCACUCGGUGCUAUUAGCGAAUGUAGCAUAAAUUUAGUGUCUGUCAUUAACAGGCAGUACAAGUGGUGGGCACAAAAGCCUGCACAGCUUUUAGAAGACUGUUAUUCUCUGACAACCRUUACUGCAAGAACUGCCCUGCAAAUGAGAAUUAAUGAUUUAAAAAUGAGGAUUUCUGCCAGCCACAGGCCCGAGAUGCUGCUACAGUCAURUGUGAGAGCUGUCCGUGAGCCUGGCUCCCCAGGGAAGGGUCGCUUCUAUAUUUAACUUGCAUGUAACUUACUAUGAGGGUUGACUGGUGYAACAAAUCUGCUUCUCUUAUGUCUCCUCUCUGUCAUCCUUCAUUAUAUUUCUCCUGUUUUAUUMUUUUCUCUGCCUUCUUUAUCUGUGUCAAGAUGGAGACUGGGCAUAACCCAAGGUAACUAUUUGGAUUUCUCUGKCUGGAAGGGCAAUAUAUGCCCAGUCCUGGAUGAUUCCAAAUCACAAAUACAGCAGAUGUAUUUUUAUUUAUUGAAUUUCUCCACAGUACUCAGAACGAAGCCUAUGCCCCUCCAAAGAAGGAAAAUAUGUUGGGGGGAAAUGGCUGAGCKCUCAUUCUCAAAUAGAGAUGGGAAUACAAACCCAGGCGAAUGAAACAAYCGUGACUGACACAAGAGGGCAGUCCCUCACUUCUCGCUGUGUGCAGUGGUUCAUCCAUCCCCGGCAGCGGCUCGGGAGGGACUGGGCAGGCUGGAAAAGGGUGGGGAACCAUCACCACGGUUCCAGUUCCCUGCCCUGUGUGCCCCGGUUUGCACAACACCUCCCAGGGACUGCCAAACUGCAAGGUCCGUUUGGUGAGAGAAGAUGCAAAACCCCAAAUAAAACCCCAAA